AUGCACAAAAUUAAUUUAUCUUUUGGUUACCCAAAGAGUGAUACUUGUGCAACUUGCGAUGCUGGGUACUCAAAUGAAGAACAUAAAGCCAACUACUAUGCAGCUGUAGAAGCAAUGCAAGUCGCUCGAAAAAAACCUACAUCAGGUGAGGAUGUCCUCUACAUUACAGUAGAUCUACAGCAAACAAUGCCUUUGCCUAAAUUGACUACAUCCAAGGCAUUCUAUCUAAGACAAGUCUGGUUCUAUAAUUUAGGUAUUCACGUCAUAGAUGGAACAUCUAAAGAAAAGGCUGUAUGUUGUACAUGGACUGAAGAUGUAGCGGACCGUGGAAGUUCCGAAGUGGCAAGUGCACUCUUGAAGUUCGUGGAGGCUGCUUAUAUGGAAAUCGCUCCAUUUCAAAAUAAUACAUCGGAAAGAGAAAAUAUCACCCAAUCUGGUUUAGAGCCAGCUGCUUCAAGUUCCAAAGUGUCACCUCAUAUUGGUAUUGUUGAUGAACUUCAACCUGAAUCCGAAGCCGUCAUUCCUUCUACAAGUUGUUCUCAAAGUACCUGA